AUGUUACUGGCAAAAGUAUCCUCAAGAACACAAAUUUUCAGUAGUAUUAGUUGGCCCAUUGCUCCGAAACAAAUCUGCAGAAGUUAUCAUUCUACACUUGAAAAUGAGCCCAUCUCAUGGACCAGUAUCGUAUCAGAACUGAAUCUUGGAGGGCAUGUUUCAGACGAAGCUUUGACAAAAGCCGCACAACUCUUUCGCUCUGGCUCCAAGCCUGAUGCCUAUACACUAGUCCAUUUAGCUCGUGCUUGUAUGAACACCAGCCUUUUCCCGCAUGGCGAACAGCUCCAUACCUACAUUCUGAAGUCUGGGUUCAUUUCUAACGUCUUCGUCUCCACGGCUUUGGUUAAUUUCUAUGUUAAGUUUGAGAGGCUGCAUGAUGCCCGCAACAUGUUUGUUGAAAUUCCUGAACCAAGCAUAGUUUCUUGGAACUCUCUGAUUUCAGGAUAUGUACAUUCUGGGCAGUUUCGAAAGGCACUGGAGCUGUUUGUUCAGCUAGAAAAAUCCAACAUUUGUGCAGAUUCGUAUUCUUUUACUGCUGCCUUAUCGGCUUGUGGGCAGCUGAGAAUGGUUUAUGGGGGGAGUUGCGUGCACUCCAAGAUCAUCAAACAUGGCGUUGAGUGCAGUGUUUUUGCCUCGAAUUGCUUGAUCGACAUGUAUGGAAAGUGUGGUCAGGUUGAGGAGGCUAUGAAGGUUUUCAAAUACAUGACUGGCAGGGACAGCUUCUCCUGGAAUUCUGUAAUAGCAGCUAAUGCUAGAAACGGGAAGCUUGAAAACGCGUUUGCUCUUUUGUUCCAGAUGCCUGAUCCUGACACAAUCUCGUACAACGAGCUUAUUUCUGGCACUGCACAAUUUGGGGCCUUAGAAGACGCUAUACACGUGUUAGAAAAGAUGCCCAGCCCAAAUUCUUCUUCAUGGAAUUCUAUAAUAACAGGGUUCACAAACAGAGGCAGAGCAAGAGAGGCCUUCGAGUGUUUCUGCAGGAUGCACUCUGGUGGGGUCCGCAUGGACGAGUUUACAUUAUCAAGUAUUUUGUCCGGUGCCGCAAGUUUAUCUGCUGCUGUUUGGGGAAGCCUGAUACAUUGUUGUGCACUUAAGCGAGGUCUGGACUUGUAUGUUGUUGUGGGGAGUGCUCUUAUAGACAUGUAUUUUAAGUGCGGGCAGGUGGAGCAGGCUCAGUGUAUGUUUCAUUCACUGCCAGAAAGAAAUUUGGUCACUUGGAACAUAUUAAUGUCUGGGUACGCACACAAUGGUUGUCCUGAGAAGGUAAUCGAGCUUUUCGAGCGGAUGAGAACAAUGGAAAAUUUGCAGCUGGAUGAAAUUACUUUUCUAAACGUCUUGUCAGCUUGUUGGCAUAGUAGGAUCCCUUUGAAGGUCGCGAACAAGUAUUUCGAGAUGAUGAUCUUGGACUAUAAGAUUAAUCCCUUGCCCGAACAUUGUUCACUGAUGAUAAAGAUGAUGGGGCAAGAAGGGGAUUUAAGCAAGGCCGAGAAGAUGAUUAUCGAGCUGGGUUUCGGUUGUUGCGGGGUGGUUUGGAAGUCCUUGCUUGGUGCGUGUGUUGCCUGUGGGGAUAUACAAGUGGCUGAGGUGGCGGGCCGGAAGUUGACCGAGCUUGAAGGUGAUAAUGAAUUUGUAUAUGUGAUGAUGUCAAAUAUUUAUGCGCUGCAUGGGAGAUGGGAAGAUGUGGGUGGCGUUAGGAACACAAUGAGGGACAAGGAGGUGAUGAAGGAAGCUGGUUCUAGUUGGAUCGAAGUUAACAGAGAUGCAAUUUUAUACCAAAACUCCCCUGUAACUUGA